AUGGCUGAGGAGAUUGAGAGCGGCAUGAAGAAAGGUUGGUACGGAGAUGUUGCCACCAGUACCAAGAGAUUCACGGCAAAGAAAGACAAAGAACCCGUCUCACAGGUUAACAUGACCUAUGCCCAGAAACCUAUGGCCCAUGUGCCGGUCGUGCAGAUCCCUAACCAGCAGCAGGGCAACUUUAGUACACAACGGCAAAAAGGAAAUUUACGUCAUUCUCGGCAAUUUACUCCUCUACCCGGGACCCCGUCACAGGUACUUACGAUUUUACGUAAGAAAGGGCUUCUGACUUCCGAACCUCUACGACCUGGUAACACAAACUCACCAAGGUAUGACCCAUCAAAGAAGUGUGACUACCAUUGUGGUGAGCCUGGACAUGAUGCAAAUAGUUGUUAUGUGUUGAAACACCGCAUUCAAGACUUGCUCGAUUCCAAAGCAUUUUCAUUUCAAGACAAUAGUCACCCAAAUAUCAAGAAUAAUCCUUUGCCGGAUCACUCAGGCAAGGUUAAUGCUGUCUUUAGUUCUGAAGGCGGACGAAAAGGUGUUUUUAAGAUCCGGGUGGUUGACAUUUUCAAUGCCCUGGUUAGAGCAGGCUAUUAUCAGGUUGGAGAAAUAGUAUCGUUCGGCCAGCUGGAAGAGAGAAUCUCAACUCUUAUGGAGAACGGAUUGAUAGUAUGGGCAAAUCGGAUCGAGGUAGUAGCCAUUGUAUCUCAAAUUGUAAUUGACUGGGAUCAAGAAUUUGCCGCUUUAGCUCUAUCUCAAUUUGAAUCUUCUCCGAAGGUUAAAGCAAGAGAAGCCGACGUGGCCCGUCUAAUUAAGAAUGGCAAGGCGGUUCCUUGGUCCUAUGACCUUGCCCCGAUAACAAGGUCCGGACGUGCUUAUAAUGAUGAUCAGCCUGCCAAGCAGGUGGCUGAAAAGGAUGCAAAGGAAUUUUUGGCUGUGAUCAAGACAAGUGAGUACAACAUUGUUGAUCAGUUACGAAAGUUACCGGCUAAGGUCUCUCUACUUGAGCUCUUACGGUCGUCCGAAAAACAUCGAGAUUCCCUGAUGAAGAUGUUGGGCCAAAUUCAUGUACCUGAAAACAUCGAUCGGGAUAGGUUGGAGAAUUUUGUUGGGGCCAUCCUUCUAAAAGAUCGGGUCACAUUUGCCGACGAUGAGAUCCCCGCCGAAGGAAGAGGCCACAACAAGGCCUUACACAUAACAGUCAAGCACAAACAGACUUAUAUUGCUCGGGUAGUCAUUGAUAAUGGGUCAGCAUUGAAUAUUUGUCCCCUAGCUACACCGAAUCGCCCGGGAGUUGACUUGGCCGGGAUGCAGGUAGCCAAAACCUCGGUUAGAUCUUUUGACGGUAUGAAAAAGAACGUUAUGGGGCAAAUUAAUCUCGAGAUCCAGAUUGGGCCCUCUCUGUUCGAUGUCUUGUUCCAAGUACUAGACAUUCCAUCUGCAUUCAACCUCUUGCUAGGACGUCCGUGGAUUCACAAUGCGGGUGCUGUUCCAUCAAGUCUUCAUCGGAAGAUCAAGUUCGUGGCCGAGCAGAAGUUAGUGAUUGUCCAUGGGGAGGAAGAUCAUCGAAUCUUCAACGAAACGGCUAUCCCCUACAUCGAGCUGGCUCAUAAUGAAGAAAAUUCUUACCAUGCUUUUGAGCUAGUGCGGACCAUUCAUGCGUCGCCGGAAAGUCCCAUACCCGUUCUCGAAAUAUCAACUACCUCUCUUAUGGUAGCUAAGGUAAUGAUCGGCAAUGGUUUUGAGCCUGGCAAGGGUUUGGGUCGGCAUGGCCAAGGGAUCCGCAACCCGAUUGAACUUAGAGGCCGGUCCCAUACAGCUGGUUUGGGAUUCCAAGGACGUGGCCGUCCUAGACAUGGUAAGCGACGUGCGAUAGGUCGCGAUAAGCUGGAAUGUAGUCCUUUGCCAUCACCCUCGUACACCACCUUCCGAUCAGUUGGAGUAGUCUGCGGUUACAAUGAGAUAGCUCAAUUUGAAGAUGACCUAGGGAUUGUCUUCCCUAACUCAUCGAAGGGCCAAGAUGCUGUGGUUGAGCCGAUGGACCUGGACCACGAGGAAGCCGAUGAUGGAGUCCCCGAUCUUGCUGGAUGGUUUGACGAUUUAACCAUUGCUUCCGUAUUUUGA